AUGGUCAGCAACAUCAAGAAAGACAGGAAGUCGGUGUUUAAGGAGUUGGGCCUCGACGACGAUUUCAGCGACGACGAUCUACCGACAUCACCGACGUCGCAGCAUGCCCACGGGAGCAAGGAGUCGAUGGUGAGCGAGAAGGAAUUCGAGGCUGGCGUCGGCGUAUUGGCCCCUGAACGCGGACGGAGCUCAAACGACGACGCCGAUGGCAACGGAGAUGACGACACGGACGGCAGACGCUCCGAGACCGGCCAGCGCGAACUCGCCAGCCGGCCACAGCGUCAGGGCUCGAUGCAGGUCGGAAAGCAGCAGUCUUGGUAUUCCAAGUUGGCGACCUAUCGGCGGCCGAGGAUUCAGACGGCCUCGAGCGCGCCGCCUCCCACGGUGUCGAGCUUACAUCGGUUAGGGAUGAUCGCAAUGCUCAUCGCCGUCAUCAUCCCGGCCUUUAGUUAUAACAACGGCGGACAGAAGCUCCAGGGCGGUGCGGAUGCCGGUGUGGUUCGAUACCGACAGACAACGCCCGUCGAUGUCUGCUUGAGAUGGAGCCAACAAGUGGCGUUGCUAAACGGAACUCUUUACAUCUAUGGCGGCCAGGCGAGGACCGAUGCCUCGCAAACUACCAACACGUGGAAUAACAACUUUCUGACGCUGGAUCUUACGAAAUCUUGGGACGGCAGCUCCCCAUCGUUCAAGGGCAAGAAUAAGCCGGAUGGGCCACCCGCUGUCGCCAAUGGAUAUCUAUGGAACGAUUACAACUACCUGUUUCUCUACGGAGGUCAAUUUGCCGACAAUGCCGGAGGAGAAGGCCAGUACGCCGCACCCGAGCCCAUGUCACUAUGGCGCUACUCCAUCAAGGACGACUCAUGGCUCGAAUUCAGCGAUCCCAAGACAUCAGCGGGUAACUACUCGACCGAUAGUAACAUUGCCGUUCAGCGAUCAUCAGAAGGCGCCGGUUUGUCCGUCCCCGAGUUGGGCUUGAGUUGGUACUUUGGCGGACACUUGGAUCAGUCAACCACACAGGGCUGGUCGAUCCACACACCGCGCGUCUACCUGAAGAGUCUCCUGGAGUUUACCCACCCGGGAUUCAUGAACACGGGAGUCAACUCCCUUCGCGGCGCCGGCGCUGCCGAUGGUGGUGUCUUCCGCAACAUUACCGAGGGUGGUCUGCAAGAUACGGAAGCGUUUCCCGAGCGCGCAGAUGGCGUGCUGGUUUUCGUGCCUGGUUGGGGCCCCAGAGGUGUGUUGAUUGGUAUGGCCGGUGGCUCUGCCGAUACUUUCGUCGACGACUUGGGCACGCUUGAUGUUUACGACAUCGCGACGUCUGAAUGGUACCAUCAAAAGACGACAGGCGACAAGCCUUCGGUACGCGUCAACCCUUGCGCUGUGAUCGCGAGCGCUCCGGAUGCGUCGAGCUCCCAGAUCUACUUCUUCGGAGGUCAGAACCUCCAGCCCUACAAAGAGCAAACACAGUAUAACGAUAUGUACAUCCUGACGAUCCCCUCUUUCACCUGGAUCAAGGUCGAUGAGGGUAGCGGCGUCCCCACGCCCAGGGCAGGCCAUACAUGCUCCAUGCGCGAUGGCCAGAUGAUUGUAGUCGGAGGCUACAUCGGCCAGAGCCAGACAUGCGACAAGCAACCCGUGUACGUCUUCGACGCGAGCAAUCUCGAAUGGAAGAGCAAGUUCGAAGCAGCGGACCACCCAGCGGACUUGAGCCCGGACAACUCUGUCCUCGCAGGCUCCUACGGUUACAAAGUCCCGGGCAAGGUCCAAAGCGUGAUCGGCGGCAACUCGGACGGCGGUGCCACGGCCACGACUCCGGCCGCCGGCCCCGCCACAGGUGGUCCCUUCGCAACCGGCAAACCCCCGGUCUUCACCAUCACCCAGGACGGCUCGACCGCGACCGUCACCGCAUUCGGCCCCACCAGUACCGGCGGCGGGGCCCCGGCGAAGCAACAAGACUCCGGCACGAACCCCGGGCUCAUCGCGGCGGGCAUCGUCGCAGGGCUCUUCGGAGCACUGGCCCUCUACCUCGGCUUCUGCGCCUGGCUGUACCGCCGCCAGGUCGCCGCCUACAAGCAGCACCUCUCGCAGGUGAACCGGUACUCGGGCGCCAGCUCGAUGCACUUCGGCGGCGCCGCCGGCCUCAUGGGCGUCGGCCGCGCCGAGAAGCGCAGCCACCGGCGCGACAACAGCACGGCCAGCAACGAGUCCUUCUCGUGGGUCGGCGCCGGCGUCGAGCCGAAAUGGAUGAUGGACGAGCCCACGCCCGGUUCCGGCUCCGGGUCCGGUGGUACCGGUACCGUCUCGGGCAGCGGAAGCAUGCCGCCGAGGAUGAGCGAGGAUCUCAGGAGCGGCAGGGACCCGCGCACGAGCUCGAGCAGGCACGCCAACACGGACAACGAGAGCGUGACGAGCGCGGACGGGUUGCUGGAGGGCCAGGAGCCGAGCUUCUUCUCGGUUGUGAUGGGCCCUAGGCGAGCUUUGAGGGUUGUUAAUGGUGCGGAAACCCCGUGA